UCUGCAUCUUUUCAGGAAUUACGACGCCUCAAUUUGGCUGAUAAUUCAAUUGGGGAAUUGGUGCAACGCAUAUUUUUCAUGUUAAGCAAAUUGAAAUAUCUGGAUUUGAGUGGUAAUCCGUUGCAAGAGCUGCCACCAGAUGUCUUUCGCGAUGUGCCUCAACUGAAAGUAUUCAAAUGCCGCAACUGUCAAUUGAAGAAAAUCAAUCCACAGCUAUACAAUUUAUUACCACAAUUGACUGAACUCGAUUUGGGAAGAAAUGAGUUUAAAUUUCUUGACAAGGAUGAAUUUCGUGACAUCAAACAUUUAAGGAAACUUCAAUUGGACGGUAAUCAAUUGUCUGUGGUUGUCGAUGAACUAUUCCGUUCACAGAAAAAUCUUCAACAUUUGGAUUUGUCCUACAAUCGUUUGGCCAAAGUUCCCAGCGAUUCAUUUCUUAGUUUGACUAAUUUGACUUUUCUGGAUUUGUCGUAUAACAAAUUGGUGCGUUUAGAACCGCAGUCAGUGAGGCGUCUCAGCCAUUUGCAAACUCUGAAUAUAAGUGGCAACGUGCACAUGAAUCUCAAUGAAAUACGAGAGACAUUUGAUCUAUUGCCGCACCUGACACAUCUUUCGAUUGCCGAUAUGAAUAUAUUGCCGGUUGGUUUGUUAAAUCCAUUUAAACAUUUACGUUAUUUGAAUAUAUCCGGUAAUCAUUUGGAUGUUAUGUCCUUGCAAGUCAUUGAGCCCUGCCAGGAGCUAGAGUUCCUCGACCUCUCUCGCAAUCAAUUACAUGGCAUUAAUGAAGAACUUGUGUUGCGUAUCCAAGCUAUUCGCAAUGUUCGAUUGGAUAAUAAUCCGCUGAUAUGUGAUGAGUGUCACAUGGGCAAACUAAUUGAUGUUGUACGACAGUUACAAUGGAAAUGGGAAACAUAUCCGAUUUGUUUUCUACCCAAAACUUUACGGGGUGCCGAAAUAACAGACUUGGAUGCAAAUGGUCUGGAUUCCUGUUUGGAAUAUAUUACCGAUGAGGAACAGAAUGCUGCAAGUACAUCGCACAAUUUUCUUGAAGCUG